AUGUCUCGUGUAAACCAGAACAAAUUGAUAAGGGAUAUUCUACAAAUGAUUCAAGAUCUUGGCAAGCUGAAUCAGAACCCAACUCCAACUACACCACUAGCUCCUAUUACUCUCCCGACUCAUGCCUCGGUGGUUGAGUUAUUUCGAAGGCAUAAGCCCCCUGCCUUCGAUGGAGCAUCUAGUCCACUAGAAGUUAAGGAAUGGCUUCGUAAGCUAGAACGAAUUUUUCGACUCAUAGACUGCACCGACACCCAAAAGACUAGAACCCCGGAGCAGCAAUUGGCGUUAACAUGGGAACAAUUUAAAGAUGAAGUAAUGAACAAGUAUUUUCCUCAGUCUCUAAGAGAUUUCAAGGAAAACGAAUUCCUUCAGCUCAAACAAGGUAAUAUGUCCCUGAUUGAUUACAAACGAAAGUUCGAUCAACUCUCAAAAUAUACUCCACACCUGAAGGCUAAUGCGGAGCAACACCGUCAAUUGUACAACCAGCAAGAUAGAGGGCAUAUUGGAAAGAUGAAGUGGAAUGGUCAAGACAAAGGAAAGGGCAAAUGGCAAAAUAAGAAGGCUAACAUCGGAUCUAGUGCCAGCAAGGCCAUAGUAGCUACAGUUACGCCUUGUCUAAAGUGUGGUAAACCUCAUUGUGGUAAAUGCUUAUAUGGGAAGAAUGCCUGUUUUCGGUGCAGUAAGCCAAGACAUAUUGCUAAGGAUUGUCCUAUGUUCACUCAAAAGAAGGAUGAUAACAGUGAUCAAAACAAAAAGGGAAAAGCACAAGUCUUUACACUGACUUAG